AUGACUGGUUUCCUAUCAAACCUGGUUCAGUACCAGGGGCUCUUUCAAAUGAUUGCUGUCCUGGGGAUUGGUGGCACAUUCCAAAUCGGCUUUCAAAUUUCUACCAUCACCUACAUGUCUCAGCACGUUAAGGCUUUCAUUAAUGAAACUUGGCUGGAGCGCUAUGGCUAUCCCAUCCAACAAGAUAACCUCCUGUUCCUGUGGUCUAUCACUGUGUCCAUCUUCGGAGUAGGAGGUCUCUUGGGUUCUUCAGGAAGCAGAUACCUCACUAUCAAAUUUGGCAAAAAGAAAUGUCUCUUGUGCAACAACGUGCUGAUGAUAGUGGCAGCAUCUAUCAUGGGCUGCAGUAAAAUAUCCCAGUCCUUUGAGAUGAUUCUAAUUGGACGCUUCAUGUGUGGAGUAAGUGCAGGUCUUUGUGUUCCUCUACAUCACCAAUAUGUUGGAGAAAUUUCCCCUAGGAAGCUCCGUGGAUUUGCAAACUCUACUUCCUCUUUCUUUUGGACGUUGGGAAAAGCCGUAGGGCAAAUUUCAGGACAAAGGGAGCUGCUGGGUAGCCAGUCGCUGUGGCCCAUGCUGAUGGCCUCCUGUGGACUCCCAGCACUGGUCCAGCUGGUCACACUUCCCUUCUUCCCAGAGUCCCCACCCUAUCUCCUCAUGCAGAAAGGAGACCAGGAAGGCUGUAAAAAAGCCAUAAGGCAGCUUUGGGGUGAAGGCCAACACCAAGCAGAGAUUGAUGACAUCAUGAAAGAGAAAGCAACAAUGAAAAACACCAAGAUCUUGAGUGUCCUGGAACUAGUGAAAGAACCAGCUUUCCGUUGGCAGCUGUACAUGAUAGUUACUCUGACCGCCACAAUUCAGCUAUGUGGCAUCAAUGCAAUUUAUUUUUAUACUUUUGAAGUCCUCCAGGCAGCUGGCUUUGAUGAAAAAAUGGCCUCCUACAUGACCCUCUCUAUUGGACUCUCUGAACUCGUAGCUGCUGUAGUCUGUAGCUCCAUCAUUGAGAGGCUGGGCAGGAAAGUGCUCCUAAGAGGAGGCUACUGGAUCAUGGGUUCACUGCUAGCUGCUAUCACUGUGACUCUGUCCCUGCAGGACUGGUACUUCUGGAUGCCGUACUGCAGCCUUGCUCUCAUUAUCCUGUUUACAGUUGUCUUUGCUGUUGGGCCAGGUGGUGCCACGGUUUCCACCAGGGUUGAAAUUUUCAAGCUGUCCUGCAGACCCCCUGCCUUUGUGAUCAGCGCCCUUCUGAACUGGCUGGGAGUGUUUGUGAUCGGCACCACCUUCCCGUUCAUCGUGGAAAGACUCAAGCACUUCUGCUUCCUCAUCUUUAUGGUGGUACUUUUCACUUCAGGGAUGAUUAUCCACCUGUUCCUUCCAGAAACAAAAGGGAAAUCAAUCAUGGAAAUCACAGAAGAAUUCAAUAAGCUAAAUUUUAAAAACAAGCAUAUUCCAGCAACUCCAAAUCAUGUCACAGAGGAUUACACCUUCUGCACCAGGCUUUGA